AAAGUGGGCGCUUCCCAAGGCCGGUGCGCAGGAAGCCUGGCUCCUGGGUCAUUCGGCCCGGACCGAGCGGGCUGCCUCUCGAGCCCCCCAGUCGGCAACCGGAGCGGAAAUCCCAGCGGAUAACCGAGGAGGCGGGCGCGCGGGCGUCUGGAUACUCGCGCGCUGCCUGGUCUCUCCUUUUCGUCCUCUCUGCCCUAGCCUAGAGCAGAUGUACCCUGCGCCUCUUUUCAAAGCUUCUAGGGCUCUCCAAUCCCUUACUUCAGGCCUUCCCGAUCCCCAGGGGUGCAGCUUCCCCACCCCCGGCACUGCACACGGUGGUCGCGGUCCCCGGGACAGAUUCCCAGGCCGAGGCCGCUAGUUAGCCCGGGUUUUAAAUGCGACUUUGCCCGGGAUGGCUCAGGGCGCGCGCGCGCCACAGCCUCCGCGCGCACCUGGGGCGGUCAAAAGUGGGGGGCGAGCGCCUGGCUGCUCCGGGUCUGCGAGCCCGGAAUCCCUCCUCUGGGACUCGGACUCCUCCGUCGUUCCGGGUCUGGGUUCCAUCACUCCAAACCCACCCACCAAGGACCCUGACCCUGUCCACUCCAGGAGACUCGAGACCGUCCGGCUGGGUCCCCCCAAUUUGGGCCGACUUUGCGCCUCCAAACAACCUUAGCAUGAUGUCUUAUCUAAAGCAACCGCCUUACGCAGUCAAUGGGCUGAGUCUGACCACUUCGGGUAUGGACUUGCUGCAUCCCUCCGUGGGCUACCCGGGGCCCUGGGCUUCUUGUCCUGCAGCCACCCCCCGGAAACAGCGGCGGGAAAGGACUACGUUCACCAGGGCACAACUCGACGUUUUGGAAGCUCUGUUUGCCAAGACCCGGUACCCAGACAUCUUUAUGCGGGAGGAGGUGGCGCUGAAAAUCAACUUGCCCGAGUCCAGGGUACAGGUGUGGUUUAAAAACCGAAGAGCUAAGUGCCGCCAGCAACAGCAGCAACAACAGAAUGGAGGUCAAAAUAAAGUGAGACCUGCCAAGAAGAAGACCUCUCCAGCUCGGGAAGUGAGUUCAGAGAGUGGAACAAGUGGCCAGUUCACUCCCCCCUCUAGUACCUCAGUCCCAACCAUUUCGAGCAGCAGUGCUCCCGUGUCUAUCUGGAGCCCAGCUUCCAUCUCCCCUCUGUCAGACCCCUUGUCCACCUCCUCCUCCUGCAUGCAGAGGUCCUAUCCUAUGACCUAUACUCAGGCUUCAGGUUAUAGUCAAGGAUAUGCUGGCUCAACUUCCUACUUUGGGGGCAUGGACUGUGGAUCUUAUCUGACCCCUAUGCAUCACCAGCUUCCUGGACCAGGGGCCACACUCAGUCCCAUGGGUACCAAUGCAGUUACCAGCCAUCUCAAUCAGUCCCCAGCUUCUCUUUCCACCCAGGGAUAUGGAGCUUCAAGCUUGGGUUUUAACUCAACCACUGAUUGCUUGGAUUAUAAGGACCAAACUGCCUCUUGGAAGCUUAACUUCAAUGCUGACUGCUUGGAUUAUAAAGAUCAGACAUCCUCAUGGAAAUUCCAGGUUUUGUGAAGACCUGUAGAACCUAUUUUUGUGGGUGAUUUUUAAAUAUACUGGGCUGGACAUUCCAGUUUUAGCCAGGCAUUGGUUAAAAGAGUUAGAUGGGAUGAUGCUCAGACUCCUGAUCAAAGUUCCAGAGAGGCAUAGAAGGAAAAUGAAAAUGAAGGGCCUUAGAGGGGCCUAUAUCAACCAGCAACCUGAAAUGGACAAACCAAUCUUAAGAUUCUGUCAUAGCUCUAGAUCAUUGGUUUUCUGAUUUGCAAAUGAUUGAUUCAAUAUAUUCUAGUCACAUGCAACCAAACACCACUCAAAAUAAAAAUCAAACAAAACUAAGUUGUGAGGGAAGGUCAUACCCUUCAAAGCAGAGGUGACCCGGUGUUUUAGCCAAUCCUUGGUUGAAUCUUAGGAAUGGACAGUGUUCCAAGCUCAUUCACGUUCCAUGACCAACUGGUAGUUGGCACUGAAAAACUUUUCAGGGCUGUGUGAAUUGUGCGACUGAUUGUCCUAGAUGCACUACUUUAUUUAAAAAAAAAAUAAUGUUCAUAAGGAGUCAAUAUGUAGUUUAAGAGACAAUCAGUGUGUGUCUUAUAUAAAUGGUACAUCUGUGGUUUUUAAUCUGUGCUAGACUUCAGAACUGUGAUCUCCUGUUAUUGUAUGCAACCUUGAACUCCACCUAUGCAGGGGUUCUUCUGUGAUUAAAUAGGUUAUAAUUAUAAGCAAAAUUCAGAGCAACUGAAUACUGAUCUAGAAAGACUACCUGUGUGUGGCUGGAGGUGAGCUGCCCUGCUGUCUCUGGCAAGGAUCGAGGAGAAGCAAAAGGACCCUGAUUCAUCCGUAAUUUUAUGUUGGUAAGCCUGGCAGUAAAAAGACAUUGAUCAAUUGCUCUGACCCUGAUGAAUUUUAAACUGAGAUCAUUUAUGCUUGCAGAUGUUAACUGGAAGUUAUAUAUGCAUAAACCCUUUCUUCCUGGAUUUGGCAGAUAUGUAUAAUUAUAUUAAAAUGGUUCUAGCACAA